GUCUGUGUGAGAAGCAAAAAAGUUUGGUGCUCAAGGUUUUUGAACUUUCAACUGUCCUCUCCCUUUCUGAAAUAGCUCGUCACUAUCGUGGGGAGAGCUUCAUCUGUUGCUUGAGCAUCUUCUUUUCUAAUCCUCUUCUCAGUUUGGCUACACUUCGGCUACCUCAUCCUACUCCUUUUUUUUGUUCUGUUCUGCUGGGUUUAGGAAUCAAUAUCUGACGAUCCACACCAUAUCUUGGACUCUUGGAAUGCAACUGCACACUUCUACAACUGGCACGGAGUCACUUGUGGCCACAAGCAUCAUAGAGUUAUAGAGCUGCGGUUAAAUGGAUAUGGCUUGCGUGGAUCUAUAACUCCCCAUAUUGCAUGGUUGCUCAUUUGAAUGAUUUUGGAAUAGCAAGACUACUCUCAAUUGUUGAAGGCAAUUCUAAUAAGCAAAGCAGCACGAUUGGAAUCAAGGGUACAUUUGGCUAUCUUCCUCCAGAAUAUGGAAUGGGUUUCGAGGUAUCAAGACAGGGUGACAUGUACAGUUUUGGCAUUCUUGUUUUAGAGAUGCUUACAGGUAGAAGACCCAUGGAAAAUAUGUUUAAAGAUGGUCAAAAUAUCCAUGAAUACGUGAAAAGGGCAUUUCCUGAUAAGCUUUUGCAGAUUGUGAACCCUACUAUUUUCUCCAGAGAAUUAGAACAUGAAGCGGUAACAUCACGAGAAUCAUUAGAGAACAUAACAAUGAUCCAUCCAAAUGUAGAGAAAUGCUUAAUUUCUUUAUUUAGGAUUGGACUUGUUUGUUCAAUGGAAUCGCCACAUGAAAGGAUGAGUGGGAUGGAUGUCAUCAAGGAACUAAGUCUAAUCAGAAGAAAUUAUUUUCCUUCUGGAGAGAAUAAUAGAGGCUAAAAGAUUGCAUAAUGAAGGAUGGUAAUUGUCCACGUGGCCAUAAUCAGUUUGUGCGUGAUUUAGAUGUUUCAUCAUCAUCACUUAAAUUUUUAUGCCUUUGAAUUUGUAAUCGCCCUUACAUUCAAACUUCUGGAGUUCCUUGAAUUUGCUCAAGUUGUUUUUCUAGUAUACAUUUAUAUUA